AUGACCAAUUCUUUACCUCCUUCAUACAUCCGCCUCCGCGAUCGUCGUCUUCAGAUCGACUCGCUCAUUCAACAAGGGCACGCAAAGCCAGUACUUCUCUGGCAUCUGGUCCUGUUCUUCACUCCACUGGCAUUAGUCCUCCUGAUUCCUCGUCGGCAAUGCACCCCUUAUCUGCGAUCCCUCGCCCUCGUCCUGACUCUCGGUCUCGCGGUUGAGGCCAUCCAGCAUCGACGAGCCUCGUUGGGAGCCAAUGGAUACAUCCUGGGGGUGGCGGUCGCAUGGUGGUGCAUUUGGACGGCAACGCUCUUGGUCACCCAUGACGUAGAGCGGGACUUUCUACGCAUUGAGCGUCGUUUAUGUGCGAAAAACGAAACGCGAGACGACCCUGAUGGAGAUUUCGUCGUUGUAUCCAACGAAAGUUGGCGCGAACCCCUUCAGCGCUUGGUCAGCGAAUGCCAGGAAUCCCUUGUGUGGCAGCCAUACCCCCGUUCCUGGUCGCAUCGUCUGGGUUGGGUGUUGAGUCUUCUCUUCAGCAUGCGAGGCCCCGAGUGGAAUUGGCGCAUUUCAUCCAUCGGUCCAUUGCCCUCCUCAGUAACUGUCCAGCUCGAUUCUGCACGUCGACCGUCGCGUCUGCUGGGUGAGUGUCAGGCAUUCCCGGCAUGCCGCAAUGGUCGCGGCCUCCUCCGCGCGACGGCCUGGGUAUUUCUCCGGAGCUAUAUCCUAAUCGACAUGAUGAAGGUGCUGAUGAUACGCGAUCCGUAUUUCUGGGGCGUCGUGUCGCCGCCGCCUCCACCACCAACCCCGAUCAGCUACAUCCUCCCCGCCAUUCCCAGCGUGUUCCGUGUAUAUCGCCUUGCGCUUUCGGGUCUAGCGAUUUUCACAGCCCUCAGCUUUGUGACGGCCUUGAACCCACUCAUCUUCCUAGGUCUGUCACUCGCAUUCCCCAACGCCUCACGCUCCGUUACCACCACCCCGUUGGAUGCCCCUUGGCUCUACCCGGAGACGUUCGGUCCGUUCGUGACCUCCGUUCUGGACCACGGUCUCGCCGGCUGCUGGGGCCGAUGGUGGCACCAGUUGUUCCGGUUUGGCUUCUUAUCCACGGCCCAGUGGUUCCUAUCCUUCCUCCCGACUCCACUAGUCUACCAUCCCGGUCUUCGCCGGCUCGUCCUGGCCAUGACGGUAUUCAGCAUGAGUGGGCUUAUCCACGCCUGCGGCAGCUAUACCCAGCUCGGCACGACUCGGCCGCUGUCCCGUACUUUCAUGUUUUUCUUCCUCCAGGGCGUCGGGGUGGCGGUUCAGAGCCUCGCUACUACGGCCCUGUCGUGUCUGUUCCCUUCACGGUGUCUCCCACACUGGCUUCGCCGCACAACGAACGUCACGUUUGUAGUCGUGUGGCUCCUUUUCUCGGGGAGCUAUAUUGCGGAUGAUUUCGCCGCGGGCGGAGUCUGGCUGGUAGAGCCGUUGCCUGUGAGUCCGUUGCGAGGACUGGGACUGGGCGUCGAGGGCGAGCGAUGGUGGUGUUGGAAUGAACCCUGGUUCCAGUGGUGGGAUGGCGGGAGUUUUUGGGCCAGCGGGCUGCGGGUGGUGUGA